GGAGCAGGCGGCAGCCGCGGCCGUGGGUCUGUGCCUGGUGAGCUUUGCCACAGAGGAAGCCAUGGUGUGCAUUCCUUGUAUUGUCAUUCCAGUUCUGCUCUGGGUCUACAAGAAGUUCCUUGAACCUUAUAUCUACCCUGUGAUCGCCCCUUUCAUUAAGCGUGUCUGGCCCAAGAAAGCUGUGGAAGAAACAACAGCCAUGAAACAAGGUCAAGGAGGUGGUGCUGGAGACCCAGGGAUACUGUCAGCCAGGAAAAGAGAUCAGGAGGUUGGACCUGGAAUUUACACAUUUGAAAGCAAUGGUGUCACAAAUGGAGUUGCCACAAAGAGAUCCACAGACACUUCUGACAAGAAAGCAGAUUGAAGGAAGCCAUUCAGAAUGGUUUUAUUAUUCCCUUGUGUCCAAAAGGGACUGGUGAUGUUGCUGUCACUUCAAGACCUUCUUUCUUUGCACGUUUUAGCUGACUAAAACCCUUUGUUGCUGACAGGAGAGGGACUCUUUUGCCACUAAAAUGGCAGCCAGCACAUUUCUUAAUUUAAAAUUCCUGAAAACUGCAGGUUUUUGUGUUUUCCUUCCUUCAUCUCAUCUGUUUGGUGUGACUAGUGUAUAGGUUAAGUAAUGUAACAAAUAAAUCUAGCUGUGGAAGUUAAAUGUUAUCUUAGUUUCACUAACUGCUAGUGCAGUACAUGAGGCUUUCAGCUCCAAAACUACAGCUUGUGCUUGACCUUACUGAAAAGCUUUGAAUGGCAUCAUGGCAACCUGAGUGUAAAACCAUGAAGAGCUCAGCAUUUUUGGUGUCAGAUCCGUGGGUGAGCUAAAGGAGUUAAAGCUACAUGCAGAACUUACUUAACUUACUCCAAGCAAAAAGUCUUGUUUUGGUAAUUCCAUUAAUUUUCCUUCAAAUGUUGUGCCUUUCAUUCCUGAAGUGGAGCAGUAGGGGCAUGAUGUGACAGAUUAAUGAGUAAUGAUUAACUGUUGCUUUUCUGUUCUGCUUUGGUGGUUUCAAAUGUCUUCUGAAGAAGAAAGAAGUCUCUUUAAAGUGCUUGUGGAACUUGAGUUGUAAAUAAAAC